AUGACGAAUAGUUGGCGCGCGCUGGCGAGGAUGGCUCGCGACCGCCUUGUCGCCGCCGACCCCGAGGACCUGACCCUUGUUCUAGGCCUCUGGUACCUACGCCUCUCUGCCCUCGCGCGCCUGCGCCUCUUCAAUCAGACCGCGGCCGAAUGCACCAACCUCUUCAACGUCCUCGAUGCCGUCGACCCGCCCUCUGCCCGGGCGUGGCUCAUGGACCGCAUCCUCCCCUUCGAACUCGAGGUCAUGCGCGCGCGCCUCCGCUACUGGGCCGGCGACCCCAUGGGCUACACCGACGCCCUCGCCGGCCUGCUCAACAAGUGCAAGGUCAAGGCGCGGCUGACCUCCCGCCGCGACGAGGCCUCAAUCGAGAUGUGGAAGGAGCGCGGCGCGCGCAUCGCGCUGAUCCUGGCGUCGCAGAUGGUCGAGACGAAGGACUUCACGGCGGCGACGCGGUUGCUGGAGCCGCUGGCGAAGUCGGCGCCCUUAAGGUCGGCGGUAGGCAGGAUAUAUCUGCAGGCGGGCGAUCUCGCGGCCGCGGGGAGGCAUUUUAGGGCCGUCGCGGAUGAUGAGGAGGCGGACGAGGCGCAGAAGGAGACAAAUGAGGCAGUGAUGGCGGCAGCAAAGGGAGAGUGGGCGAAGGCGGACGAGGUGCUGAGGGGCCUGCUCGAGAGGGAGCAGGACAACUACAGCGCUAUCAACAACCUCGCGGUCGCGAUGCUUGCGCAGGGCAAGCUGAAAGACGCUAUCGCCGUGUUGGAGAAAGCUCUGCAUGCCGCGCCAGCGACGAUUGCGGUGGCGGAGCCGUUCUUGUUCAAUCUCUCCACCCUUUACGAACUCCGAUCGGCCAGCGCGGUCAACAACAAGCGCGAGCUACUCAUAACAGUAGCGCGCUUCAGCGGAGAUGGCUUGCGUACCACCUGUCUGAAGAUGCCCACAUCGUAG